CAAUCAUAUUUUUAAACCGCCGACUCUAUGCGAACCGUUAGCAGAGCAGUGGUGAUCGGAAACGGCAUCGCCGGCGCAGAAAAUCAGUGCAUCGGUUUACUUCGAGCUCUAGGCCUAUCACAUCGGCAUACUCUCUAUAGAGUCACUAGGCCUAGGGGAGGAAUUAAUGAGAGUCUUCGUUGGUUGCCGGUUUCGCUCCACAAAAAAACAUUGUAUGCCAUUAAUUGGAUUCUUAGGGAUUUACAGCCACAAUUUUGUAACAAAGGGAAUAAGGUGACUAAUUUCCCUGCCAAACAAACAGUUAUACCAGAAGCUGAUGCUGAGCAUAUUGCAAAGGUGGCUCAUGAAACAUUUGAAAAGUAUGAGUGCAUCCUCUUUUCUUAGUCUUGCCAUUUAAGGGGUCAUUUGGUGGGAGGGAGUAACUUUUCCUUUCCUUGUGUAUUCUCCCGGAAAGAGUUUCCUUUGUCUGGGAGGGGCCUAUGUUGGUGGUUGCAUCGGGGCGAGAUACAAUUUCCACUGCAUGUUCUGUAAAGCGAUUCAACACCCCAGGUCACGUCUGAAUUGGUUUGAUAUAGUCAUCACACCUCGACACGAUUAUUAUCCACUCACACCUGAUGGACAAAAGCAGAUUCCUAUACUUAUUCGGAGGUGGAUAACACCUCAAAACCCUCCAGAAAAGCAUGUGGUCCUCACUAUAGGAGCCCUUCAUCAAAUUGAUUGUAGCUCACUGCAAAGUGCCGCUUCUGUCUGGCAUGAGGAAAUUGGACUACGGCCAAAACCCUUGCUUGUGGUAAACAUUGGAGGACCCACUUCCCAUUGUAAAUAUGGUGAAGACUUGGCAAAUGAGCUCACAUCAUCACUGCAAAAUGUUCUUCCAACUUGUGGAAGUGUCAGAAUUUCUUUUUCACGUAGAACUCCCAAGAUGGUUGCAGAACUUGUAGUGCUCAAACUAGGAAAUCAUCCUAAAGUUUACAUUUGGAAUGGGGAAGGUCCAAACCCACACAUGGGACAUUUAGCUUUGGCAGAUGCUUUUGUCAUCACGGCUGACUCAAUUAGCAUGUUGAGUGAGGCCUGCAGUACAGGGAAGCCUGUUUAUGUGAUUGGAGCUGAGCGAUGUAGAUGGAAGUUUACAGAUUUCCACAAAUCCCUCAGAGAACGAUGCAUGGUGCGGCCGUUCACAGGGAAAGAAAACAUAUGUAAAGAAAGAUGGACAUACUCUCCAUUGAAUGAUACCAAAGAGGCUGCAGGUGCGGUUAUAAGUGCGCUUGAAGAUCGUGGAUGGAGAUUGCAAUGACUGGUCCAUUUCUCAGAAAUACUCAACAAUAGUACAAUACUAUAAAAUGUAUUAUUUUGCAUUCAUUUUGAUAUUUAUAAAAUGUGUCAAGUGUCAACUAUAAGUUAAUAUGUAAAAAACUUAUAAGUUAUUUGUUAGUCUUUAUUUGGUUUGCUCACAAGAAUUAAAUAAAAAGGUACUCAUAAAAUUGUGACUUUUGUAAAACGGAUGAGUUGAUAUCAGUAAAUACUUCGGAGUACUACAUAAAAUAUGAG